AUGGCCACGCUCCCCGCCUGGAACAUGCUUAAAGGCAAAACUGCAGCGAUAACGGGUGGUACGACUGGUAUCGGCCGUGCAAUUGUUUUGGCAUAUAUCACACAAGGAUGCAAUGUCACUGUCAACCACCUAGGGAUGCCUCAAAAUGCGGAUCAUCGCCAUAGUCUUCUUGAAGAGGUCAAAGCAAUCAAGAACACGGGUAUCGGAGCGGGCGAUAUCCUAGAGCUACCUGGCGACGUGACAAAGCCUGAGACAAGUUCUGAUCUUGUUAAAGAGGCUGUAUCACAGUGGGGUAAAUUAGAUGUUUUUGUCGCCAAUGCGGGUGUGUUCAAACCAGCCGAGUUUCUCAAAAUCGAGCCAGCCCUUCUCGAUCAUAGUGUUGAUGUAAAUGUCAAAGGCACUUUCUACUCGUGUCAAGCUGGAACUCGCCAAAUGGUGAAGCAGGGACACGGUGGUUCGAUUAUUGGCAUUUCUUCCGUCAGUGCCCUUCUUGGCGGCGGGUUCCAGACCCAUUAUACUCCCACAAAAGCUGCAAUUCUUUCCAUGAUGCAGUCUAUGGCGAUUUCCUUAGGAAAAGAUAAAAUUAGGUGUAACGCGUUGAUGCCUGGGACCAUUGGCACUUCCCUUGCCGCCCACGACAUGAAGAAUCCUACCAAAAUGGCCGCUCUUGAGGAGCGCAUACCCUUCGGUCGCAUCGGGGACCCUGAGGAUAUGGCAGGCCCUGCAGUCUUCUUAGCUUGUGAAGAGAUGAGCCGUUAUGUGAACGCUACGGGACUGUUGGCUGAUGGUGGAAUGUACAGCAAAUUACAGUAA